AUGACCAGUAACCAAGGACCUGUGCCCCCAGACUCAGUGAUACAACUGCCAGUCUUUAUAGGGGAUGUGAAGGGCACUGGGGUUUCAAGCCAAACCAUUCACAACCGACUCUACGCUUUGGUUGAAAGCCAGAUGACUGUUGCAGGUGACACCAAGACACCAUCAAGUUUGCAGUGGGCACAAGGCCAUGUGACUUGGACAAUGCAGCAGUGGUCUACCGUCCUGUUCAGUGAUGAGUGA